AUGUUUUACUCGCAGACGUUUCUGGCUCGGAAAGGGCCGCUGGGGACCGUUUGGUGCGCGGCGCAUAUGCAGAGCCGACUCAAGAAGUCUCACUACACUUCCACCGACAUUCCCGCCACCGUCGAGCGCAUAAUGUUUCCGGAGGUACCUCUUGCACUGAGAAUGACGAGUCACCUUCUGUUGGGUGUCGUCCGAAUAUACUCGAAGAAAGUCGACAUCCUCUACGAUGAUUGCAACGCCGUUUUGACUCGCUUGAGGAAGGCCUUUGCAUCUGUGGACCUUAAUUUGCCAGAGGAUGCGAGGCAGGCACCCGUUCAAGCCAUCACUUUGCCGGAUACAUUUGACCUUGAUGCUAUGGAGUUGGAUGAUGACUUGAAUCUUGACGGGGGCAACGACCAUCAUCACCGGAGUCAGGAAGACAUUACAUUAAUGGAUCAAAUUCCAAUUGGAACAGAGCCUUAUGUUUCCAUAACUUUUGAUGAGGAUAUCCUGAUGGAUAGUUUAUACCCAACAGAGGCUCCUGAUUCAUCUGGAGCAGCUAUGGAUCAGAAUGAUGCCCGUCCAGCUGCAGUGAACAGCAGUGAGGGUGUACCUAGUCCAAGCAAUCAGAUUGGUGAAGAGAAUAUAAAACAUACUGAUGAAACCGUGCUUCCUGAUUUUGUUGGACACGAAGCUCCAGAUGUUGUUGUACAAGAUACUGGUCUAAGUAAUCAGGCGGAAAUGCACGAGUUGAGGCAUAGUACUGAUAAUUCACCUGAAGAUAUUCUAGAAGUUGAAGUCAUGCGUGAUGCUGCCCCUGAUAGUUUGGGAAACCCUCCACUUUCUCCGAGUCGUAGUAAUGACAUUGCUGAGCCACCAGCAUCUUUAGACCAACUAAUGAAUGAGAAAGAAACUCUUUCUCCAAUUAUUGAAACUAAUUUAAAUUCUGGAGGAGAGACUCCGUUGUUUCAACCAAGUUCCGGACCUCAAGCAUCUGUUGGUUCUUUGCGAGAGGGUCUACUGAAUGAUAAUGUACCUGUUUCGUUCGCCAUUCGAUCAACACCUCAGGUUGAGAAACCAAAACCAAAACCCAGAAAGAGAAAACAAUGUUUUGAUGCAGCCCCAGUGUUGACUAAUAAGUUCAUGAAGAAGGCACUUGAAGAUCCUAGUGAUUUGAAGCGCAAAAAGAGGAAGAUUCCCUACUCUACAUUGGGCAUAUGGAAAUUGGAGAAGAAUUUAAGAAAGGAAAAAGGUUUUUCUGAGCCUUUAUUUACUGGGAUGUGCUCGGAUCUUCGUAGUAUCUUUGACAAGGAUUAUAUGUCAACAAAACUCCAGUCUUUGAAGGAAGCUUCCUCCGGUUCUGGUGGUGCGAGGUCUCCUGCUCUGGAAACUGAAGCUUUCCCAGAGGCUGUAGUUUCACAAUCUCCAUUUCCUGCUGCUUCAAUCGAAGCUUCACCGCAGCAUAGGGGGGAACAAAUUCAGACCCCUACACAUGAUUAUGCUCAAGAAAUCGAACGUCUCAUGGACGUAAGCCAUGAUGAGCUGAGUAACUUGCAUGAUAUUAUUCCUUCGCCUAGGGCGACACCUUCACUUGGGGCGCAUGACAUCAGUCCUUCCACAACCCAAAUUUUGGGGUCAACGCCAGUCACAAUGGCGGAAACUACUCUUGGAACAAGAGAGUCUACAGGAACAGGAAUGUUUCCGAUGCCAGAUUUUCUUACUUCAGCCAGACUUGGUGAGUCUGAUCUUGAGAAACCUGCAUUUUUUUAUGAGCGUAACGGUCAGGAAAACGCACGUCUCUCAGGUGUUCCUGAGCUGGAUUCCGCAGCAGAAGCGGAAGAACUCUUUUUCCUGGAAGCAGACAACAGUACACCAUCAGGAUCUCAAGGAACCCCCGGAGUUGGUUCCUUGUCUGUCAGAACCAGGGCUGUGGCUCAGUAUUUAAAAAGACAGUCUUCUAUCACCCCGAUUACGGAGAAUGCAUCUGAAGAUCUCAGUUUGAACAAGCUUUUAAAAGGAAAGACAAGAACGCUAUGCGCUCGAAUGUUCUUUGGAACACUGGUUUUGAAGAGUAAUGGUCUUGUUGAUGUGGUAGAAGAAGAGCCUUAUGGUGAUAUCACCUUGAAGCUGACUCCAGCACUGUUGAAGGCUCAAAUCUAGGAUAAAUGUUAAUUUAUGUGCAGUUAGCGAGACGAAAGAAGGGAACAAGGAGAGCAGUAUCAACUGUUUGUACAGAAAUCGGGACGCGAAAAGCGAAAUUUUGACUUCGUUAGAAAUAUU